AGUGGCGUGCGUGACUUCAUUAAAGCGCCUGCUAAGGACUAUUGAGGACGGUGCUGUCUCUUGACUUGAGAGGGCAUCUUCAAGAUUCUCGCCCUAUUGAAGCAGUGGAUUUUGUCUAAGAGUUAUUGGUCUAAAAAUAUAACGCCAUUCAGCAGACCCUUAUCUAUGUUUGUACACCAGUGUUGUGGUCUGAAACCCGACUGAGUUUCAGAAAGUAGCUUAUGCUCUGUCAGAGAAUGGUGUUCGAUGUGGAAGAAAUCGAAAACGCCUUCGAGUGGGAGACCUUUGAGGACGGCAAGCCUUACCUUGGAACAUACAAAAUGGAAAUACCAAAGCGAGUACGAAUGAUGACCAUGAAGAUGGACCUCAAAGACUGGAUCAAGAUCGACAAGACAUACGCGGCCCAACAAAAAGAGAAACAGAGGCUCUUGCAACUUCACCGAGACAAGGUUUUUGUCACCAAUCACGAUGACAGCACGAAGCUGGCAAAGAGAGAGCUGUUAGAAAUGCUUGCUGAAUACUUACCAAAGCGCUUUCCGGAUAAGUUCGAGUCAAGAGAGAACGGAAUCUACAACAAGAUGCUAAAGGAGUUCAUAUCGACAUCAGACGGGCCAGGCGAGGAGGACCCGCUGUUCAAAUGCGGGCGGCUGACCCAGGAGGAUUGGUGUGUGAUGGAGUGGAGCGAGGAACACCAAGCCUACGUCCUUACUGCAGGGAUCGUCUACUUUCCUAUGCGAUGGUCGUUGCAGCAAAAGUGGAAUCUGCCGAUGCUUGACAUUCACCAGCCCGUAGAUGGAUUCGUAAAGCACCUCAAGUCCAUGGUGUACGACUUAUUCAAGAGCAUGUCCCCAGACGCCCCCGUGUACCGCGGCAACUGGGCUGUAUUCAAUGACCUUGAAGGCCCCCUUGACCUGUACACCCCAGAGGGUCACGAAACCCGCAAUGCUGCCAUGGAGGGGGUGCGCCCUUACGAGGGGGAGAAAACAGGCAAAGUUCUCACAUUCCGGUGCGAGUAUCAGACCCUGCGCAAACUAGAAAAGAGCAAAGCUAUCAUCUUCGGCAUUCGCACUUAUCAGUUCUUCUUAGAAGACUUCAAAAAGUUCCCAAGAAAUGAUGCUGAAGUGCUUGUGAAGGUUAUUGAGAAAAUCCACCCCGACUUUGUUGAGUACAAAGGCGCGAAGUUUUGGAAAGAUGCCGCUCUUAAGUACCUGAAGUAUCACGUUCUGGGGGAGAAGGAUCCGGAUGCAGAUCGCUGGGGUCUGACGUCUGCUCCGACUGGUUUUCUGCUUGCUGGUGCUGUCAUGGCUAUUGGAGUCGCCUGUUUUCUUCGAUAUAAUCAAAGUUAAACUUAAGGCUGGUUCUCACUAGGACGCAAGCGCAAGCGGAAGCAACACAAGUCAGAAUCGGUCAAACACAAGCGCAACACAAGUCAGAAUCGGUCAAACACAAGCGCAACACAAGUCAGAAUCGGUCAAACACAAGCGCAACACAAGUCAGAAUCGGUCAAACACAAGCGCAACACAAGUCAGAAUCGGUCAAACACAAGCGCAACACAAGUCAGAAUCGGUCAAACACAAGCGCAACACAAGUGAGAAUCGGUCAAACACAAGCGCAAGAAAAUAAAGCAGUUGCGUUCUCUUGCGCUUCCGCUUAUGUUCUAGUGAGAAUCGGAAAACUACGUGCGUUCCGCUUGCGCUUACGUCCAAGUGUGAACCGACCUUUAGCAUGCACAGCGCAUAAAGAGACACUCUAGCCUGCUAGGCGGCUCUCCAGUGGGUUCUGGGCUCUCCAGUGUCGGGAUUCCUGUGACUCUUCCCUUUCCCUCCCCCCGUUUUUCAUUUUUUAUUAUUAUUUUUUUUGCGCCACGAGUAUCCUGAACAACGAAAACGCACAGGAGAGCCGGCUAGGAGGACAAGAGACACUCUUGGUCUUGCUUGCCCAGAAAUAUGAACAUUGAUUUUUUUUAACCUUGACGUAGCCAACGUAACAAAGCCUCUUGCCGGAUCUAGUCUGCAUUUUUCAGUUCUUCGUCGAAAAAGGAUCUACGUUGUACAAGGGAGUUGUGUCCUUUCAAGGGCCAAACGCGAACGCGCGGCAACAACGAGCUAGUCACGAGCCAUUAAAGAGCUAGUCACGAGCCAUCCACGAGCUAGUCACGAGCCAUCCACGAGCCAGGUGCCUCUUAUACCAUGCGCAGUUUUUCUUAAUUUUUUUUAAUAGUAUAGCCAUGUCAUAUAUGCUAUUUUCGUAGUUGUAUCAAAUUUAAGUGUAAUUUACAGAUAAGAUUGCGUUUUUUUAGUAAUUAAUUUUAAAAUUGUUGCACAAAAUAAAACAGUAUUAUAGAGGAAAAGUUAUCUAGAUUACAGGUAAUACAGGUACACAUAACUUCCUUGUAGAUGAUUUUUAGUAGCUUGCUUUGUACAUUUUACACUAUCAGAAUCAAUGAAUAAUGCCUAGCUAAAGUGUGAACAAGAAUAACAUGCUUUAAAAUACAAUUAUUCAGCUUUGAAA